GACAGUGGCCUAUAUCUUUUGACUUUUGACUAGGUAGAGCUAGAACAUUGUGGGAAGAUCAGUUUCAUUCUCACUUUAUUCAGUCUCAGAUGGUUCGCAAAUGAGGGUUAUUUAAUGAUACAGGCAGUGCCCUUUGGAAUUACUUGCGUUAUUGUCGGCAUGUAUCGAUUUCGUCUUCCAUAUGUUUUUUCAAUAUAUGGUGUGCUUCCUAAAUAAAUUAAGAAUUCUAAUCGACAUUCGUCUUAAAAUCAACACUUUUAAAACAGCGGACCUGUCCGCGCCUUGCGCGUCAGCAGGCGACUGCACAGCACAUGUUUUGAUUCCCGAUUGCGAAAAGCAAAGCAAAGUGGUUUGGUUGGGGUGGAUCCUGGAUGGAAGGAGGCGAUGGAAUGUGUGUGUGCCGUGGACAGUGCGUCUUCCUAUAGGUCUUGUAAUGAUACCUGGAUUAGGACAACUGGACAAGCCACCCGAGACUCAACAUCAACGGCAUUGUGAGUCGCAUGAUCAAAGGUCUGGCCAUGAAUGAGGAGACCAGGAUGUGUGACUGACCAAGGAAGCUUUGACAACACAACUUUAGACUAAAGAAAAAUGAUGUGUAUCCAGGGUGAAACUGACUGUUAGCCUGAUAACCAUCACUAUGGCGUUUUGCAAUGGCAGCCUGCUGGCUAGGUGUGCCCCCCUGAUGGAGCUGGAAGAAGAGGAAGGGGUGGUGAUUUCACCGCCGCCGCCUCCACCGCCAGGGGUUGGGACUACUAGUCCCCUCAUGCCUGUCACCCUGCGUGUGACGCUGGCCGCUAUCAUGAUCUUCAUGAUCGCCAUCGGUUUCCUGGGCAACGCCAUCGUGUGUCUGAUCGUCUACCAGAAGCCCGCCAUGCGUUCUGCCAUCAACCUGCUCCUCGCUACGCUGGCAUUCUCUGACAUCAUGCUCUCGCUGCUCUGCAUGCCCUUCACCGCCGUCACCGUGGCUACCGCCGACUGGCGCUUCGGGGGCGGGUUCUGCCGUGCUUCCGUCAUGCUCUAUUGGCUCUUUGUCCUGGAGGGUGUGUCCAUCCUCCUCAUCAUCAGCGUAGACCGUUUCCUUAUCAUCGUUCAGCGGCAGGACAAGCUGACGCCACACCGUGCCAAGCUGCUCAUCGGCGCUUCCUGGGCGCUGUCCCUCUGCGUGGCGCUCCCGUCCGUGAUCGGCUGGCGGGCGGGUGCGGCGGGUGUGACGGGCAUUGGGGGGGCCUGGGCGCCACAGUGCGUGCUGGGCUACAGUGAGUCGCUGGCCGACCGCUGCUACACGGUGCUGCUGACGGUGGCGGUGUUCUUUGUGCCGUUCGGCAUCAUGCUCUACUCCUACCUGUGCAUCCUCAACACGGUGCGCCGCAACGCCCUGCGCAUCCACAACCACACCUCCGACCAGGCCAGCCUCCCAGUCCUCAACCAGGUCAGCAAGCUGGGCCUGACUGGCCUGCAACGUCCCCCGCAGGUCAAUGUGGACAUGAGCUUCAAGACGCGGGCCUUCACCACCAUCCUCAUCCUCUUCAUCGGCUUCUCUGUGUGCUGGCUGCCCCACACAGUGGUCAGUUUGCUGGCCGUGUUCAGCCGGAGGUUCUACUUCAGCCCUGCCUUCUAUCCGGUCAGUGUGGGGGCUCUGUGGCUCAGCUAUCUGAAGACAGUGUUUAACCCAGUCAUCUACUGCUGGAGGAUCAGGAAGUUCCGGGAGGCGUGUCUGGAGUUCAUGCCCAAGAGCUGCAGGCUGUGUCCCAGGGUGCCGGGCCGGAGCCACAGGAGGGUGAGACCCAGUAACAUCUACGUGUGCAGUGAGACCCAGUCAGCUGUGUGACAGUAACAUCUACGUGUGCAGUGAGACCCAGUCAGCUGUGUGACAGUAACAUCUACGUGUGCAGUGAGACCCAGUCAGCUGUGUGGAACUAACAGUCACUCUGAGGACACGCCAUGCAGCCGUGGAAAGCAGUGGUCACCAACUCUGGUCUUGAAGCUACAGGGUUCUCCACUGGUGUAAAGGACCUACUAUACUCUCUAUACGAUUUGUUAAGACAUCAACAUUUCAGCAGUAUAGACGGCUUGCUGCUGAAACGUUGCUGUCUUUUAACAAAUGAUUUGCAUUGGCGCUUUAGUGGUGAGGACAGUACAUUCUUGUGUUUUGUCUAAAGUGCUGUGGACACUGGACAGCCAUGAACAGAGGCACUCAAAAGUCUUUGUGUGACUGUCUUUAUUUCCCUUCUCCUAAAAAAAGACCUGAAGAGAAAUGAUGUACAACUGGGAACAGUGUUUUCUAUUUAACCGUUUCCAUGGUGUUUGUAUAAUUGUCUGAGUACUAUUGGUGAUCGUUUACCCAGAUGGUUGUUGUAUAUGUUUAAUUAUACUGUAUGUAAAUGAAAACGUUGGAUAAAAUUGUAAAGAAAUGUUGAUCAGUAUAAAAAAGUGUUUCUGUGAAUGAAUAAUUGAUUAAUUGAAUGAACUAACAAUCCAAUUGACAGGUGUGUUGACGUCAUCAACUAUGCAUAUGUAGGCAAUAGACUGAGUAGAAAUGAAAGAUAACAAAUCAUGUUAAACACAGUUAUAACCGUUGUAAGUUGUCUACAUACACUGUAAUAGGCUAGCAUUGUACCUUAAACCUAAUACUGGAACUAAAAUAUAUGUUGGGCAUGCUGCUUGACAAAGGUAGAACAUGUUGUCGAAAACAAACCACGUACAGCCGUCCCCUGCCUCUACAAUGUCAAUACAAUGACUGUGUUGCUGGGAUACUAAAGACCUCUAUUGAUUGUCGGUUGCGGAGUGCAUUUAUGUGUGUAAGACCCAUAUCUUCCACAGCAGAACACACAGUCUGUGCUGUAGGUAAUGCAUCUCCAUAUGUACCGUGGUUAAACAGUUUACUGAGAGAAGUUCAAAUCUAGGGCACACCAUGUCAACUCAUACACUUUGCGUAAGGUGUGAUUAUCUCAAUUCUACUGCUUCAAUGAGCGAAGAAAGAUGUGUACUAUGUACACAUCAUGUAGUAGAUGUACACAUCGAUGCCCAGUUAGAAAUGACCUUUAGACACAGAUCUAGCAUGUUUGCCUUACCCAAUCUCAUAAUAACCUUAUGCAAGACCUAAAUAUAUCACCAAAAAAGGCUUUAGAUCUAAGGGACAGGCAAAGGUUGCUUCCUUUUCUCAGCACACUGAGCUGCAAGAACUGACAGAGAAAACAUCCCUACAGAUCCUUUUUAUGCAACAUGAAAAUAAAGUAUCUACAUUAAGUGUAUCAAUGGCUUACUUCAAGUGAAUGAUACAUAGACAUAAGGAGAGGAAGCCAUUAUAAUUGAUUGAGACGUAGCCCAUUUGAGCGCUACUUUGAUGAUGUAUCUGAUUGAUGGGACAGCUGAACUACGUCACAACCAGACGUAGAGGAUGCUGGGGCGAGAGGGCAAAGAUGGCGCGCUCCACCAACAUGGGACGUGAAGGGAAAGACACAUCUCAGGGUAGAGGCGCUUCUAACGCAGAUCUCUUACUACACCCCGAGCUCCUGUCUCAGGAGUUUAUCCAGCUGGUUCUGAAUGAG